AUGGCCGCAUUCCCCUGCCAAAUAUGUGGCAAAACGUUCCUCACUCUGGAGAAGUUCACUGUUCACAGUUAUUCCCACACCAGGGAGCGCCCGUUCAAGUGUUUGCAGACCGACUGUGGCAAAGCCUUCGUUUCCAGAUAUAAAUUGAUGAGGCAUAUGGCCACUCACUCGCCGCAGAAAUCUCAUCAGUGCACUCAUUGUGAGAAGACGUUCAACCGGAAAGACCACCUGAAGAACCACCUCCAGACCCACGACCCCAACAAGAUGGCCUAUGUGUGCGAAGAGUGUGGAAAGAAGUACCACACCAUGCUGGGCUACAAGAGGCACAUGGCCCUGCAUUCAGCCAGCAGCGGGGACCUCACCUGUGGGGUCUGCGCUCUGGAGCUGGGGAGCACCGAGGCGCUGCUUGACCACCUCAAAGCCCAUGCAGAAGAAAAGCCCCCACCUGUACCCAAGGAGAAGAAGCACCAGUGCGACCAUUGUGAGAGAUGCUUCUACACCCGGAAGGAUGUGCGACGCCACCUGGUGGUCCACACAGGAUGCAAGGACUUCCUGUGCCAGUUCUGCGCCCAGAGAUUUGGGCGCAAGGAUCACCUCACCCGUCACACCAAGAAGACACACUCGCAGGAGCUCAUGAGAGAGAGUAUGCAGGCCGGAGGAGACCUUCUGAGCAACUUCCACACUAUGGAGCCUUCAUUCCAAGUGAAGGCUGCUCCCAUGUCUCCUUUCCCGAUAGGAGUUCCUGCCCAGGAUGGGCUUGUAGGUAGCUUGCCACCCGAGGUUCACAGCCUCACCCUUGGGCCUCCAGAACAGGCCAUCCAGCCUAUGCCACCACCACUGCCAGAGCCCAUUGUCUCUCUGCACCCCAUGGUAGCACCAAGCUCUCCUCCUGAAGUCUUUCAGAUUCCUAAGUUCACCACCAGUGCUACCUCAUACCCUAUACUUCCUAGCCUGCCUUUCAAAGCAGAUACUAAAGGGUUUUACAACAUCACUUUCUUUGAGGACUUGCCUAUGCAAGAACCUCAGCCACCUCACAGGUUCAACCUAGGUUUUGAGCUGGCUAAUGGAGAGCUCCUUCCCGGGGAGCUGGUGGCAGAUGCUGUGAAUCUAACAAUCCCUGCCGCUCUCGACAUAUCCUCCCUGUUGAGUUUCUGGCAGUUUGUCCCUCCUGCUCCCCCAAAUGUCUUUGGAGACAGCACUAUCACUCUGGGGCCUAUGGAACCUCUGCCCCAUACAUUUGCCUAUCUGGAGCAGCAGCAGCCACCACCGCUGCCGCCGCCACCACCACCCCCACCACCUCCACCGCCCCCACCGCCCCCCCCACCACCACAGCCACAACCACCACAGCAGCAGAUACAUCUGCUUCAGGGGCAGCCGCAGAUACAGCCGCAGCAGCAGAUACAGCUGCCGCAGGGGCAGCAGCAGAUACAGCUGCCGCAGCUGCAGGAACAGCAGCUGCAGGAAGUGCAGCUCCAGCAGGGGCAGCUGCAGGAGGUGCAGCUGCAUGAGAUACAGCUGCAGGAGGCACAGCUGCAGGAGAUGCAGAUGCAGGAGGGGGAGAUGCAGGAGGGGGAGAUGCAGGAGGGGGAGAUGCAGGAGGAAGAGCUGCAGGAGGAGCAGCUGCAGGAGGGGCAGCCACCAGAAGCCCCAGUGGCUGUGGGCACCGUGAAUCUGGGCCAGCUCCCCCUGCCCCCGAUUCCCCCUGUCUUUACAAAUGGCACCACCACUGCCAUCCUGCCUCAUUUCCAUCAUGCCUUCAGAUAAAUAAUCUUUAAAAGCAAAUUUUUCUGAUUGCGGAAGAUGUUUUAAGAAGCAUUUUAAACAUCAGUUAUGAUACAAGGAAAGAUGUAGAAAACAGGAAUGGGAGUAUGGUGUAUUCAGUGAUGACUUGUCUUAAGAGAAUUCUCGAAUUGCAUGUAUUGUGCCAAUCUGUCCUGAGUAUUCAUGCUUUGUACCAAAUUUAAUGAGUGCGUGUUCUUUAAUCAAACUGCAAAUAUUGUCAUAACCAACAUCGAAAAUGACAGCUGCUAUAUAUAAAUGUUUGUCAUAUUGAGUUUAAUUGUAAGCCAUGAUCAUCAUGUUAACUAAAUAACUUUUUAUGUGGCACUGCCUAGUAUGGAAAGGCUUGGACUUCUCCAAGUUGGGAGAACAACUUUUUUUUUGCUUUUGCUUUUUUUUUUAAUAAGAAUAUAACCUUUAUAUGUAUGCUAUAUUACAACUAAGCUGUGUAUCUCUCUGUUCAGGGAUUUUUCUACCUUUAGGGUUGAACGUAGUUUAGUUACUAUUACCAUAGCCAACCUGUAGUUUUAGAGAAAGAAAAUCCUUGUGAAACAAUAGGUUCCUCCAUUUUUAAGCAUUUUAAAUGUAGUUUGAAUAUUUUCCAUAUGAUGCUGCAAUGUGAGUUAUUACUUCAUUUAUCUUAAAGACAAAACUGGUUGUCAGUUACAUCUGCCUGAAAAAAAAAUCACUGUGUAACCAGGUUAAGUGGUAAAAUAAUCCAGGCGUCAGUCAAAGACAUUGUGCUGACUAUAAUAUCGAUUAUAUUUUUAACAGGAAUUUAAAAAUAUUACUGGAAUUUAUAUAUUAAAUGAGUUUUCUUUGCCUAGCUUAAACUACUAUUCAAGCUGCUUAAGUUCCUAAGUAUUGUUUUUAAUCACCAAUAGAUAAGUGCAUUUGUAAUUCAUCAUUUUAAGCCAUUAUUAGCAUUUACUCAAAGAGGAUUACAUUUUACAAUGUAAUUGUACCUGUAAUCUCUGUCUCUGAAAUCUCUUUCUCUUGAGGAUUACAUUUUACAAUGUAACUGUACCUGUAAUCUCUGUCUCUGAAAUCGCUUUCUCUUGAAUAUGGUAUCUUAUGAGUUUUUGACAUGUAAACUGUAACCUUUUAAAAACCUUUGUAUUUUGUUUAGAGGUUUUCUUUUCCAUAAACAUGUAUCUUACAUAUAAUAAACUUUACAUAUCUU